AUGGAUGAGUUCGAGGGCAAGUGCGCCUCUACAGGCAUCUAUCAGGGGUCGGCAACCCGCAGCUCCGGAGCCGCAUGCGGCUCUUUCGUCCCUCCCCUGCGGCUUCCGAGCUGUGUGGAGUCGGUGCAGUGCAGUGACCCUGGAAUCUCAGCAGUUCCCAUUAAUGUACCAGCUGACACGGUCAAACUGCGUCUAGAGAAGACCUUGAUCUCCAGGGUGCCCCGUGCAGCCUUCUACAACCUGUCGGAGCUGCGGUUCCUGUGGCUGACUUACAAUUCCAUCACUUCCAUCCACCCCAGCAGCUUUGUCAACCUGAAGGCCCUGCGAGAGUUGCGUCUAGAUGGAAACCUCUUGACAUCCUUCCCCUGGGAGGGGCUUAGGGACAUGCCGCGCCUCCAGACUCUGGGUCUCCACAACAACCGUCUGUCCAGCCUUCCUGCCCACGCUUCUCUCUUUCUCCCCAACAUCACCUACCUUGACCUGUCCAGCAACAGGCUGACUAUAUUACCUGCUGAGCUGCUGGACCUUUGGUUUCCACUCCUAGGACAACAGGGGGGACCAGUACAAAGAAUAAUUUUGGGUCUCCAUGACAACCCCUGGUUGUGUGACUGCCAGAUCUCCAUGGUGAUGUCCUUGUCCAUGUCCCUCGGGAGUCCUGUAGUUCUCAUGGACCAGCUGCUUAUAUGUAGCAGGUCUCUGGGUCAGUCAGGGAUGCUGCUGACCCAGGUUGAGCUGUCCCGCUGUAUGAGGCCUUCAGUCCAGCCUGCAGCCACAAGAGUUGUCUCUACGCUGGGCAGCAACGUAAUCCUCCGCUGUGAUGCCACUGGCUACCCAACCCCAACCCUGACCUGGAUCAAAACCUCAACUUACACUGAUUGUUGCCGAAAAGACAUCCUUGAGAACUCUGACCAGCUGCCUACGAAUUUGGAGAGUUUUAUGCAGGAAUCUCCUCGAGUGGGGGUCCGCUGGUCAAUAAUCAGCCUGAACGGGUUAUCAUACAAGGAUGCUGGUGAAUAUCGCUGCCAGGCACGGAACAUGGCAGGAAUAUCUGAAGCCCCAAUUAAACUGAAGGUGGUGGGAAUCACAAGAGUAUCCCGUCGUCAAAAGAGGAAGUCACAAAAGACACCCAAAUAUUCAUCAAAAUACAGAAAGCCAAACCAGGCGACAACUUCUGCCAACACCCCCUCAGCGAAGGAGAAUCAGAUACUCCAAAACAUCACACCGCCUUCCAUUAACAAAACCCGGACUGCCCCUAAUCUUGUGUCCAAAGUGUUCCCCAUAGACAAAAGGCGCAAAAUGAACUUACCAGAUGCAAAGAAAAAAACCCAGACAUCCAUCAUGACUACAGCUAAGCCCCUAAGCAACUCUACAACUACUCUGUUGUCAGAAACACUUGUAUGAGAUACACUGAAGUUGGUCACUCAGUUACUUGGUUUAUUUCAACAAGGGGAUUGGAUUGUGAAUUUGUGAACCUCUAGUUUCAGUGUUUCCAAGCUUUUUUGGGUCAUUGUGCAGAGUUUGUUGAUGAGCUAUCCUGUGAAUUUAACUUGUUUGUAAAAAAUAAAAUGUGUGACAUAGGAUCUUGGAUGUAGCGUCUGUGAUGUGACCUACACUUUUAUAAAAGCAUGUUUUGAAACCUGCAGCAGCGGCCUCAAAUUACCAGCCCUGUGGGUCAGAUCCAGCCCACAGGAUAAUGUUUACAACUUAUUGUUAAAUGUGAACCAUAUUUUUUUUCAUUCAGAUUUUUUCCCAUUCAUUGUAGAGCUACCAUUGUAAUGUGGUGACCAGAAUUUCAUUCCCUCCACGGAGAAUUGAGCAGACUUUCCCUAACCUUCCUGUUUACAAGACCCCUGUGCCAACUGGUGAUGAGCCCAAUCCUGAAGCUGCAGUUUACGACAGGAUGGGCCUUGCGCAGGGCCAAUAUACCCCCACAUUCCAGGGUGCGGCCUGUGGUCUAUCAGGGACUGCUCCACAGGAAACUAAGAACAACAGAACUGAUCAUGUAAUGCCAAAGCGAAUGUAUGCUAUAAUUUAGAUAUGCUUAGUUAACACAGUAGGAAGAAUAUGAAGCUUUGAUGCAAGAACAAGAUAAACUGAACUGUUUACAUAUAUCCACUAAUCUGGAAAAGAUACAGAGAUACAAAUUUAAUUUAAUUUAAAUAGGAAAAUCAUAAGUAAUGUGAAUUUACAGGUUGAAUCAAUUAUAAGUCGUAAUAGAGUACAAGUUGGAGUAUAAAUUCUGACUAACAGACAUGAUAAAUGUUCCAGCACUCCCCUGAGAAACUGGCCAAUAUGU